UCUGGAGGCCUCCUACCGCUCAUGUCAUACCCUACGCGGAUGAUCAGAUAGAAGGGCAGGGGACCUCUGGAUUCGUUCUGAGAUUAUACGGUUUCAACUUGACCUGGAUAAUACCAGCGGAAGGAUCAUGCUUGCCCCCUGUGCAGAACAGACUUAACCUGUGGCAGGUUUCAAUCCGUGAUCAACAACUCUCGACAACAUGUCCCCCCCAGCUGCCAUCUUCGAGUCUCCCGCUCCUGCCGUUCUCGGAAACGGUGUAGGUCUCAAGAAGAACCUGGCCGUCAAGGUCGCUUCUGUCGGGCAGGGUGGUCAGGCAAAGACCGUCGCCGAUUUUGAGAAGAACUGGGACAACUUUACGUUCGCUCCCAUCCGUGAGAGCCAGGUCUCUAGGGCUAUGACCCGUCGCUACUUCAAGGAUCUUGACACCUACGCCGAGUCUGACAUUGUCAUCGUCGGCGCGGGAUCUUGCGGUCUCUCUACUGCUUUCAUGCUCGCAUCCAAGCGUCCUGACCUCAAGAUCGCCAUCAUCGAAGCUGGCGUCGCUCCUGGCGGCGGCGCGUGGCUCGGUGGCCAGCUCUUCAGUGCCAUGGUCAUGCGCAAGCCUGCCCAGCUCUUUCUCAACGAGCUCGGUGUCCCGUACGAGGACGAUGGCGACUGGGUCACUGUCAAGCACGCUGCGCUGUUCACGUCCACUCUCUUGAGCAAGGUGCUCCAGUUCCCCAACGUCAAGCUCUUCAACGCUACCACUGUCGAGGACUUGAUCACCCGCCCUGCGCCCACCCCGGAGGACCCCAAUGCUGUGCGCAUUGCCGGUGUCGUCACCAACUGGACCCUGGUCUCUAUGCACCAUGACGACCAGUCCUGCAUGGACCCCAACACCAUCAACGCGCCCCUCGUCAUCUCGACAACCGGCCACGACGGUCCGUUUGGUGCCUUCUGCGUUAAGCGUCUGGUCAGCAUGCAGCAGAUCGAGAGGCUGGGCGGGAUGCGCGGUCUGGACAUGCGCACUGCCGAGGACGCGAUUGUCAAGCGCACUCGUGAAAUCGUGCCUGGCCUGAUUGUUGGCGGCAUGGAGCUCAGUGAGGUCGACGGUGCCAACCGCAUGGGCCCCACAUUCGGCGCCAUGGCACUCAGUGGUGUCAAGGCUGCCGAGGAAGCCCUCAAUGUCUGGGACGAGAGGAACGCGCAGAACGCGGAGUAGCGCGGUUGCUUGGUACGAUCAGGUAGACUUCCAGCUGCAAUAAACACCCUCACUCGUUCACAUGGAUGCUGUUGUUCAUCGACUGACGCCUGUUCAUCGACUGACGCCUAGCGCACGUCAGCCAUGUCAGCCAUGCCAGCCAUGCAGCCAUGCAGCCAUGCAGCCAUGCAGCCAUGCAGCCAUGCAGCCAUGCAGCCAUGCUGUACCCUUGGCCAUUUUGGAACGGUGCGCGAAUAUGUUCUUUGUUGAGGUCGCACUCGAGAGCGGGGUUGCACGGGAGAGUGCCUGGCUCACGAUUGACGGCAGGGGGAUGCUUGCUGCUUGUGACGUAUUUCAGUGGUUUUUUCCAGACGCGUACACAAGCACGGCUGCGGCCUUGUUGUGGUUGUGCUGUUGCCGUGG